CUGAGGAGCCGCAAUGACCCCCGAGAAGGUGCUGAGGGAGGGGGUGCUGGAGAAGCGCAGCGGGGGGCUGCUGCAGCUCUGGAAGAAGAAGCGCUGCUUGCUGACGGAGAAGGGGCUGCAGCUCUUCGAGCCCAAGGGCUCGCGGCGCAAGGAGCUGAGCUUCGCCCGCAUGAAGGCGGUGGAGUGCGUGGAGUGGAAGGAGCGGCACAUCUACUUCACCGUGGUGAUGGACGACAGCCACGAGAUCGACUUCCGCUGCGCGCAGGAGGACCCCGGCUGGAACGCUGCGAUCACCAUGGGCCUCGUCCGCUUCAAGAACCAGCAGGCGAUCCAGGUUGUCCGCGCCCGGCACAGCUGCAGAGCAGUGGUACAGUUCGACGCAGCCCCGGUGGGACAGCCCAUGGACAUGCAGCAUCCCAAGAGCAGGAUGGAGAUGGCCCUCGGCUCAGCGGGCAGUGGGGACAAUGGGAUCCGUACGGGCAAGUGAGGCCCCUGCUGUCUGUGGCCAGG